GCCCGAUUUUUAACGCGAUCCUUAGGAAAGGUAGUGAAUGAUCGACUGUUGCAUUUCGGGAUAGUUACGGACGGUUUAUAACUUCCCGCAGCGUGUGUCCUACGAUUUUACUAUGGUGGACGUGCAGACUUUCAACGUGCAGACGGGCGUGGUGAAGACGGGCUACUACCGCUACGAUGACGACACCCAAUACGUGGGGGAGUGGAACAUGCGGGGUCAAAAGCACGGCAUGGGUUACCUCAAACUCCCCGACGGGACGCGCUACGAUGGCAGCUUCCACAACGGCCUCUGUUCCGGCAUAGGGGUCAUGACCUUUCCCGAUGGAGCUAAAUAUGAAGGCGAAAUGAUGCAAGGUUGGUUCCACGGCCACGGUGUGUUCUGGAGGGCGGAUGGUAUGAAAUUUGAAGGCGAAUUCAGAGGCGGGCGCAUCUGGGGACUUGGUUUGGUAACUUUUAGUGACGGGAGCCAUGGGUUUCCACGGAAUGAGGGAUUCUUCCAAGACUGUCGCAUGGUGCGGAAAAAACAAUGCCCAGAUGUGGUCCAGAAAGCUCAAAAAGUUGCACUCAUGGCUCGUGCACAAUGCCAACCCCAGGAACCAGAGCCGAUGCAACAGUGAAAAUCAAUGGCAACAUACACACCCUUAACUGAAUUUGUAAACUGAUAAGUUAUCAUUAUGAGAGCACUUUAUUUUCAAAGAUAUUUUGUGACAUUAAAACAACUGACAUGUAAUCGUA